UUAUAUUCAUUUUAAAGGGAAUUGACAUUGAAAUGUCAUUGGUAAACUUGCCAAAAUAAAAGUUUGCUUUAUAAAUUUCCCGUUUUCUAAUUAAAAAUCGGACAAAAUGCGAAGUCGAAGUAACUCCGGUGUUCGCCUGGAUUAUUACCAGCGAGUGGUUCAUAAAAUAAUUAUGUCAAAGCAAAAUCCAGUAACUGGUCUAUUUCCUCUUAGCGAGAGCAACAAGCAUGCAUGGAUUAGGGAUAACGUUUACUGCGUAAUGUCCGUAUGGGGCUUGUCAAUGGCAUAUAAAAAAAUGGCAGAUCAGGAUGAAGAUCGGGCGAAAACAUAUGAACUCGAGCAGUCCUGUGUUAAACUCAUGAGAGGUUUGUUAAUGGCCAUGAUGCAGCAGAAGGAUAAAGUGGAAAGGUUUAAGCAGACACAGAACCCUCUUGAUUCAUUGCAUGCAAAAUAUGAUUCUGAAACUGGACAGAUUGUUGUUGGGGACAAUGAAUGGGGCCACUUGCAAAUUGAUGCCAUAUCUCUAUACUUAUUAACCUUAGCUCAAAUGACUGCAUCUGGUUUGCAAAUUGUAUUUAAUUUGGAUGAGGUAGCGUUUAUCCAAAAUUUGGUAUUUUACAUAGAGUGUGCUUAUUGUACCCCUGAUUAUGGUGUAUGGGAGAGAGGAGAUAAAUCUAAUCACGGACUACCGGAAUUAAAUGCGAGUUCCAUUGGAAUGGCUAAGGCAGCAUUAGAAGCAAUGAAUGAAUUAGAUUUAUUUGGUGCUAGAGGCGGCCCAUAUAGUGUAAUACAUGUUUUAACUGAUGAAGCUCAGAAAUGUCAAGCGGUGUUACAGUCAAUGUUACCGAGAGAGUCAAGUUCAAAAGAAAUAGAUAGUGGCUUAUUAUCAGUUAUUAGCUAUCCGGCAUUUGCUGUUGAUGAUCCUGGUCUUAUAAACUAUACUAGGCAUUGUAUACUGGAAAAGUUGUUAGGUCGUUAUGGUUGCAAACGCUUCUUGAGGGAUGGGUAUAAGACCCCUAAAGAGGACCCGAACCGUUUAUAUUAUGAACCUUGGGAAUUAAGAAUGUUUGAACAUAUUGAAUGUGAGUGGCCCAUGUUUUUUUGUUAUUUAAUUUUGGAUUGUCUCUUUAUGAAUAACAGAGAUGGUGCUGCAGAUUACACUGAACGCCUGGAAGAGGUUAUGAUUAGAACUGAGGAUGGUUUAAAAUUAGUGCCGGAACUGUAUGCAGUACCUGCGGAACUCGUGGCUGCCGAGUAUAGAGAACCUGGAAGCCAGCAACGAAUACCAUUAGGUCAGACUACUUUCUUGUGGGCUCAGUCUUUGUACAUUAUUGGAAAGUUGUUACAAGAAAAAUUUUUGGCUCCAGGUGAACUGGAUCCAUUAAAUCGGAGGUUGUGCUCAGAAAAGAAACCUGAUGUGGUGGUACAGGUUGUAAUACUGGCAGAGGACUGUGAAAUUAGGGAUAAGCUGAUGGAACACGAUAUUGCGGUUCAAACCAUUGCGGAGGUUGCACCGAUUGAAGUUCAACCCGCACGAGUUUUAUCCCACCUUUACACUUAUUUGGGUAGAAAUAAAAAAUUGGGUCUGUCGGGCAGAAAAUCCAGAGACGUGGGCAUUCUGAGCACAAGCAAAUUGUACCUUCUGGGUGAUAAAAUAUUUGCUUUUACUCCCCAGUUUACCGAUUUGUCGCACAAUUACAUAGCCUCUGACUAUGAGCUCAUGAUCGACAUUUACAAGAGUGAGAUAAAUUUUUUGAAGUCAAGUUGGCAAAACAUGUUGGGUAGGCCGUUGGUCACAAUAGUGUGCAGAAGGUUGCAGUUAGAAAACGGGAAGAUACCGCUGGCGAUGGUAACCACAAUGAAGAAACUCAAAUCUGGAUAUAUCAGCGGUACACGCGUCACCCUGGGACAACUCAACGACUUUUUAAGUACCAGUUCUAUCACUAAUUUAAGCUUUCUCGGGUGUCACGAGGAGGGAAUGCCCGACAAGUUAAACCCUCAAGUCCACCAAUACUUGGAAGAACAUCUGGUGAAGUCGUUGUCUCACAGGUCCAUGUUGUUAAUGCCGAAUGCUCCGAGAAAUCGUAACAGGCACUAUCUCAAGAGGAAAAUGUCAGUGCGUGGAGCCGUUAAAAAAACCAGGUCCAUAAACGUUGACGCGGAAACGUUGGGCAUGGAAAGUAACGUAACAUUGGAAAGAAGAGGUUCGAUGUUUUUUACGGCGAACCCGAUCGAUGCCGUCGAUAAUGGGCGUCGGGAAAUUAGAUCCCCCACCCCUGAAGAAGAGAAAAAGGUGCGAAAAGAAGCCGGAAAAAAGGAACUACCUGCUAUAAGCGCGCCCAAACAUAGGACCCAAAGCGAAACUCAGUACGCCGAUACCGAGGUUGAUGAACUGUUUGCGAUGUUGCGCGAAUCGGAAUCCCUGGACGAGCAAGGAGACAUAUUGCAGUACCUGGUCGAUUCGAACGGUCUGGAUUUCAACACCGGCAUGUUGGAGUACGGCAAAGUCGUUACGGUGCGAGACUUGCUGAAAGGGUUGUACGAGAAGGCGUGUCAACAAAAAAUGUGGGGUUUGGUACGUCACACGGCGGGCAUGUUGGGAAAACGCGUCGAAGACCUGGCUAAAUCCGUCACCGAUCUUUUGGUUAGGCAGAAGCAGAUCACAGUAGGUAUGCCACCGAACAACGAACAUACCAUCACGGCGCCGUUACCCGAAAGCGAACUUAGACUUCUCAUUCACGAAGCGUACGGAGAAGACGACAGUACCGCGAUGCUGACCCAAGAGCUCCUCGUCUAUUUGGCCAUGUUUAUCCGCACCGAGCCGCAAUUGUUUUUGGAAAUGCUGAGAUUGAGGGUGGGCCUUAUAAUUCAAGUGAUGGCCACGGAACUGUCGCGCACCCUAAUUUGCGACGGCGACGAAGCGUCCGAGCACUUGCUCAACUUGAGCCCCUUCGAAAUGAAAAAUCUGUUGCACCAUAUUAUUAGCGGCAAGGAGUUCGCGAUAAGUAGCGUCGGACGGGGUAACUUUUCCAUAGUCAGCAACAAGUCGAGUCGAAUUAGUAAAAAAAGUCACAUUAGUUUGGCUACCGAUACGUCGUCCGACGACAUAGAACCUGACCGCCAAGGCCAGUGGUUGAGGAGGCGGCGACUAGACGGCGCUUUGAAUAGGGUCCCGCGGGAUUUCUAUCCGAGGGUAUGGAGCGUUCUCGAAAGGUGUCACGGCAUCGAGAUAGCUGGAAAAGUGCUGCCCCAAACGUUGACCCAGGAAAUGACACCGGGAGAACUGAAAUUCGCGUUAGCGGUCGAGACAGUUCUGAAUACGAUCCCGCAGCCCGAAUACAGGCAACUCAUUGUGGAAGCGCUCAUGGUGCUCACGUUGGUGGCGGAAUACAACGUGGCCCCGUUUCUAGGCAACAUCGUCCAGAUCGAGUAUUUGGUUCAUCAAGCGAACGAACUAUUUUUGGAAGAUCAAAUCAAAUGCGACGGAGACGCGACACUGUGCUGCGCGAAGCCGAAAGAGCUGCGCGAAACCACCAACACAGGCGGCCUGUUGUGCGGCGGCGCCGCUUACAUCUGUCAACAUUUUUACGACAGCGCCCCCAGCGGCGCUUACGGUACUAUGACCUACCUAACCAGAGCGAUCGCGUUGUACUUGGAGUGUUUACCGAAAGGGGGCGAAUUGGAAUGCACGAUAAGUUAAGGUUUACAAAUUGAGGCGUUAAAAAACCGCUAUUGUAGCAACCGACUUUUCUUGAGAGUCUUAGUUUAGAGGUUAAACUGUAGUACACAGGUUUUCUUUGAAACACGCGCCAUACAAUUUUCAUUUUCAUCGCUUUUCAUACAUCGAAUCAUGUUUUGUCUUUUGAGGUAUGGAUUGUAGAGGAAAUUAUAAACACAGU